AUGCCUCGUGGUACUGCGAAGGGCGGUGCGAAAGCUCCCGUCAAGGCUGCUGCCCGAAAGGCGCACGGCAAGAGUUCUAAGAGUUCUAAGCAUCAUGGCAAUGGCUCGGCGCUCAAGGAGGCUACUAACGUAGUCUCCAAGGCGGUUGAUGCCUCGAGUGACUCGACUGCGAUCUAG